ACGCAGCCAGAACUCCUCCGCCAUUCAGCCACACUGCCGACUGAGGGCCAGGACCGAGCAGCAGCAGCAGCAGAACCAGAUCCCGUCGUCAGCUUCCCCCGUCAGUCCAGCAGCUCUCCUGUGAGACCCUUCCCCACACCGCAGCGACAACAUGCGUGAGAUAGUGCACCUGCAGGCCGGGCAGUGCGGGAACCAGAUUGGAGCGAAGUUCUGGGAGGUGAUCAGUGAUGAGCACGGCAUCGACCCGACAGGAUCCUACCAUGGAGACAGCGACCUGCAGCUGGACAGAAUCAAUGUCUACUAUAAUGAGGCUUCAGGAGGGAAGUACGUGCCAAGGGCCAUCUUGGUGGAUCUUGAGCCAGGCACCAUGGACUCUGUCCGCUCCGGCCCCUUCGGACAGAUCUUCAGACCCGACAACUUUGUCUUCGGUCAGAGUGGAGCCGGUAACAACUGGGCAAAGGGCCACUACACAGAAGGAGCUGAGCUGGUUGACUCGGUCCUGGAUGUGGUGAGGAAGGAGGCUGAGAGCUGCGACUGUCUCCAGGGUUUCCAGCUUACACACUCCCUGGGUGGUGGUACCGGUUCUGGUAUGGGAACUCUGCUCAUCAGCAAGAUCCGUGAGGAAUACCCUGAUCGUAUCAUGAACACUUUCAGUGUAGUGCCCUCUCCUAAGGUGUCAGACACAGUGGUGGAGCCCUACAAUGCCACCCUGUCUGUCCACCAGCUGGUUGAGAACACAGACGAGACUUACUGCAUCGACAACGAGGCCCUCUACGACAUCUGCUUCCGCACCCUCAAACUCACCACACCCACAUAUGGAGACCUCAACCACCUGGUGUCUGCCACCAUGAGUGGGGUGACAACUUGCCUGCGUUUCCCUGGCCAGCUCAACGCUGACCUCCGUAAACUGGCCGUCAACAUGGUGCCCUUCCCUCGCCUGCACUUCUUCAUGCCAGGCUUUGCCCCUCUCACCAGCAGGGGCAGCCAGCAGUACAGAGCCCUCUCUGUGCCAGAACUCACUCAGCAGAUGUUUGACGCCAAGAACAUGAUGGCCGCCUGUGACCCGCGCCACGGCCGCUACCUGACCGUGGCAGCUGUGUUCCGUGGCCGCAUGUCCAUGAAGGAGGUGGAUGAGCAGAUGCUUAACGUGCAGAACAAGAACAGCAGCUACUUCGUAGAGUGGAUCCCAAACAACGUCAAGACGGCCGUGUGCGACAUCCCGCCCCGUGGGCUCAAGAUGGCUGCCACAUUCAUCGGCAACAGCACAGCCAUCCAGGAGCUGUUCAAGCGCAUCUCUGAGCAGUUCACCGCCAUGUUCCGCCGCAAGGCCUUCCUCCACUGGUACACCGGCGAGGGCAUGGAUGAGAUGGAGUUCACAGAGGCGGAGAGCAACAUGAACGACCUGGUGUCCGAGUACCAGCAGUACCAGGAUGCCACGGCUGAGGAGGGAGAGUUUGAGGAGGAGGGAGAGGAGGAGGUGGCCUAAGGCUGAAAUCACUCACCAUUUCUCACCUGCACUCAUCAUAACCACAUCCAAACAUCCAUCCACUUAUUUCACCCCUACUCUGCCCCUAUUCUGUUCCUUUUUCUGUUGCAGCUCUCUCCUCUCUCUGUUCUCUUAUCCCUGUAUUCCCUCUUUUUCCCUUUCUCUCUGCCUCUCUACUUUCUUCCAGCCAGAGUAGGAUUUACAACACUAAAUCAUCUCUCCCAUCUCAGUGCUCAUGUAGCGGUAGCUAAUACAGGUGUGCUUGUGGUCUUUUUGUCAGUAGCUUUCUGUUUAUCAUCAGUCAAACAGCACCUGGGCCAAGUAUUCAAUAAAGCUGUCCAACCCACACAAUUAUUAUCACUCGUCUAAUCUGGCAUUGACUGAAAUAAAUCUGUUGGAAAAAACAUCAA